ACACUCAAUCAAUACAUUCCGACGUUUCAGCGGGGUGGCCGUGGACCUGUGUUUUAUGGCCUCUCCUCCUCGAGCCCCUCGAGGCUCGCCGCACUCGCGCGGCGGGAGAGGCUUCCCCGCGCCGCAGCCUGGAGCCGGGUCGCUGCGUCAGUCUGCUGUGCCGACGGCACGAGCCCGUCAAACAGCUCCAGCAGCCUCGUUAUCACGGUCGGCUGCCUGGGCGGCUUGUUGCCCUGCAGCUGAUCGAGCAGCUUCGCGCUGCUGCUGGCGCUGGAGGCUUGGUCGGUGCCCGCCGUGUCGGUGUGCACGCUCUCCUCCUCGAGGUGGCGGAUCACCUCACUCGCGCGGCUGUGGCCGGCGGCCAGGGCCUUGCGCCGCGAGGCGGCGGUCUUGGCGCCCGGCUCCGAGUGUGGGUGCAGCCGGGACGUCACCUUGGCGGGCGGCGACAGCCUCGCUCCGCCCGUGGACUGGCUCGCGGCGGGGCGGGAGGGCUCGAGCGGCGUCUUGAUUGGGUGGCACGACGGGGGGCCGGACUUGGACGAGCCCGACCGGGCCUCCUCCUCCUCCUCCUCCUCCCCCUCCUCCUGCGGGCCUGCGGGGAGGGGACUCCCGAGCUGCAGCCAGCUGCUCUGCGCUGCGGCGGGCCCCUUGACGUGCGGGUCCGCCUCGGCGCACGUCGCCUUGCGCCUCUUGCGCCGCGUCUCGACCUGCUGCGCGCGGCGCGUCGCCUUUGCGGUCGAGGCGAAGCCGACCCACCGCUCGAGGUAGUGGUGCGCCUACGGAGGGUUCGGGG